AUCUUAGUGGGCUGUUGGGAGACGGUGGAUACCCUGCGCUGCACCCCACAAAACCCUGGCCGUCGAUUGACGACUGUCUCUUUUCAUCUGACCGUCUUUCCCUCUUCAUCUUUCUUAUUUUCAUUUCAAUUCCUCUUCAAUUUCAAUCAAAACUUUGUGUUGUGGUUUUGCAUCUCUUCAUCAGCCUUGGCUUCGAGGCUAGAUUUCAUACCAUUCCACCUCCCCAACAACUCGAUAAGCACAUUCCACCCCCAAAACUGCCCGUUUGCGGUCCAGAAAAGCGCAGAACCACCCCGCAUUACAUACAAGAAUUUUCUUUUUCGAAUUCGACCCGCGGCAACGUUCACAAUGUCCUUCUCCAACUCCCCCGAGCCCAUCUCCUACCCAUACACCCCACCCAACGACUCCAACAUCCCACUUACGGUUCUUGUUUCCUCAAGGGCAGUCAUAUACGAUCAAGAGAACAAUCUGGUCGUCUCCCCCGCAACUUUGACCAUAUCACCUCAGACCGGAACCAUCAUCUCGAUCCUCCCUACCGUUCUUCCUCCUUCGAGCUUCCCAGCGAACACUACCUACAUCGACCAUUCGCCCAAGCUACUCCUUCCAGGACUAGUGGAUGCGCAUGUACACUUGAACGAGCCUGGCAGAACAGAAUGGGAGGGUUUCAAUACCGGGACAAGAGCGGCUGCAUCUGGGGGUGUUACAACGGUCAUUGAUAUGCCAUUGAAUGCCAUCCCACCCACUACAACUGUCCAAGGGCUGAAGGAGAAAGUCAAGGCUGCACAAGGACAAUGCUGGGUGGACGUUGGAUUUUAUGGUGGUAUCAUACCAGGUAACGCUGAGGAACUUCUACCGCUUGUAGAAGCAGGAGUUCGAGGAUUCAAAGGCUUCUUGAUUGAGAGUGGUGUCGACGAAUUCCCAGCCGUCUCCUCAGAAGACGUUGCUCUGGCCAUGACCACCCUCUCGAAAACACCAACUACCCUCAUGUUCCACGCCGAGAUGAUCCCACCCAUCACCGACUCCGUCGGCGACGACGUCCAAACCUCCCUCCCACCACUAGCCCCAAAAGGCCCUCUAACAUCCUACAACACAUUCCUGGACUCCCGCCCCCCCGCCUUCGAAACCUACGCCAUCGAAGAAAUCCUCUCUCUCGCGCCCCUAGCACCCGACCUGCAACUCCACAUCGUCCACCUCUCCGCCAUCGAAGCCAUUCCCCUACUACGCGAAGCCAAAGAACGCGGAAUCAAAAUCACAGCCGAAACAUGCUAUCACUACCUGGCCCUCGCCUCCGAGGAAGUAGCUGACGGCGACACGAGACAUAAGUGCUGUCCUCCUAUUCGUAGCUCCGUCAACCGCGAUGGGCUGUGGUCCGAACUCGCGCACCCGGAAUCGGUCAUCCAGACUAUCGUCUCGGAUCACAGUCCCUGCACACCGGAACUGAAGCUGUUACCUGAACAUCUAGGCCAUGGCUGUUGUGCAGGCACGAAAGGUGUUAAUGGUGAGAUUAUGAGCGCUGAGGAGGCAGAGGAGAAGGAACGUGGUGAUUUCUUCGCGAGUUGGGGUGGGAUUUCGUCUGUUGGUCUGGGCCUACCUAUUCUGUGGACUGAAGUGACGGCUCGGUCUCGUGCUGGGGAGUCGAAACCGCUUUCCAUCUUAGAUGUUGUGAGGCUCUGCGCGGUCAAUACCUCGAAACAGGUAGGGUUGAGUCAUAAGAAAGGAGCGCUGAGACCGGGUAUGGAUGCCGAUAUGUGCGUGUUUGAUGAUGAGGCCGAGUGGGUGGUGGGGAGGGAACAGAUGUUGUUUAGGAAUAAGGUGAGUCCGUAUCAAGGGCGGACGAUGACGGGGCAGGUGAGGGAGACUUGGGUUAGGGGACAGAGGGUUUUCCAGAGAGAUGGGCCGAAUGGUGGGUUUGUGGGGAAGCAGGGAUUACCGGUUGGGAAGUUGUUGCUUGAGAAGAGGAAAUUGUGAGGGAUUGCUGAGGGGAAGUGAGCAUUUUUGCGGGGCAUGGGAUGGGAACUGAAAAGGGGUGCAUGGAUGGGUUGAUGAUGGGACAAUGGAGCGUACAUAUGAUCGAUGACUUGGCAUGGCAUGAUAAAGAAUGAUGAAUACAUGGAUUUGAAGCAAUGAUUUUCCGUUCCCGAUUGUCUGUCCUGCUUCCCUAUCCCGGAAUGUGAUGGUUGUCCCACUUUUC